AAGCCAAUGCACAGUUUGUUGCUUUUUGUACUCAAAUGGAGGUGCAAAGAUACAUCUUUUACCCACACACACAUACAUAUGCUUAUAAUUAUAUGUAUAUUCAUCUAGCUAUGUGUUCACAGCUACAAUCCAACUGCAUACCCAAAAAACUUUGUUGAUAUCUUCGGUGCUAUGAGAAUUUUGUCCCCAUUUUCCCACUACGCCCAUCCCCCUUAUUUUAACCACCCUUAUUCAUCUCUUUCUUAUUCAAUUCAUCUCUUUCUUCAACGCCAUUACUAUACCAUAUCAUCUUUCUUCCCUUUUAUUUUCCUUUUUUUUUAAAAAAAAUUAUCAACUUUGCAUUUAUUUUAACCUUUAAAUGAGAUUUAACCUUUAAAUGAUACUUGUCUCAUGGCUCCCUACCUCGGACUCACGUCCCUAACCUCCUCCUUCCCAAAUUCAAACCAACCCCAAUCACAUUUCGCGAUGCGGAACAACAACAAUCAGGCAUCUCCAGACGAAGACGACGAUUCGUGGGAAGUCCGGGCGUUCGAGGAGGACACGACGGGCAACCUGCUGGGCUGCACGUGGCCGCCGCGCUCCUACACGUGCACAUACUGCCGGAGGGAGUUCCGCUCCGCCCAAGCCCUCGGCGGCCACAUGAACGUGCACCGCCGUGAUCGCGCCAGGCUGCACGAGGUGCCUCCGCCGCCGCCCCUCGUCCCCUCUCAGCCACCGCGGAUACUUAUCCAAACAGGCCACGAAUUCGGCGCUGACGGAUUGUGCCUUGUUUACCCUUUACCAAACCCUAAUUCCAUCAUUUUCCCUAAUUACUCAAUUCCUCUUCAACAUUUCGCCAACAAUACAUUUAAACCUACUGAAACGGCACCCAACAGUGUCGUUUCCUCCCUCUGCCACUCCACAAACACUGAACCAUCUGCAUCAAACAACAGCAACGACAACAAUAACAGCAACAUUCGAGGUUUGGACGAAAACACAAAACACUCAGCCGAAGAGGAGGAGAUAGACCUAGAACUCCGGCUGGGGCGGAGGCCGCACCCGCCGCCAUGACGGAACUUUGAUUUUACUUUGAGGAAUGAUGAUUUGGAAAGUUUGGAAGAAGGGUUAGGGCAUGAGUAAAAAAGAGAGAUAAAAAUUUAUAUACUGCAGCUAGGGUUGGAUUGGCAGUUGAUAAAGGUUGCAGUGCAGUGUCAUUUUCUGACAUUGAU